UAGUCUCGCAAGAGUUGGUGAGCAUCAGGUAUUCUUUAGCAUCUCUCUGUUUAGAUCUUACAUGAGCACGAAUACGGACAUUUUGUGAUCCAUGCCCAUUAGGUGUCAAAGAUACUCUGGACACCAACAAAAAAACACCUUCAUUAUGGCAUCUUGCAGCUCUGCACACAAGUGGCUUCUUUCUUCAAUGCCCACCUUGACUCUGUUCAUCAUUUCAAUGCCAGCUCUGUGCUGCACCUACAAGGUGAACUGUUCCAAUCCGGACCAGCCCAGCCUGCUUCAGGCUCUGACUCCUGUCUUUAACCUGAACUCUGUGAGGCCUGUGUUGGACACCAACUCUCCUACUGACAUCUACAUGUACUUCACUCUGUAUGGAAUACUUGGAGUGGAUGAAAAGGCACAACUCCUUACUACCUACAUUUGGUUGCACUAUUGGUGGAUGAACGAGUUCAUCAGCUGGGACCCCAUCCAGUGCGGGGCGGAUAAAAUAACACUUCCAAAGGAAAAAUUCUGGCUUCCAGAUAUUGUAAUCAAUGAGUUCAUGGAGGAAAACAAAGCGCCGACGGUCCCGUAUGUUGGCCUGUACAGUGAUGGGACCAUUCAUGAUUCUCUGCCUGUCAAAGUUGUGAGCUCCUGUAAUCUCAACAUUUACACAUUCCCUUUCGACAUUCAGAAUUGCAGCAUGACUUUCAACUCCUACAUUUACUACGCUAUGGACAUAAAGAUUUUCAGUGGAAGAUCAGCUGAACUAAUCACAGAACUCUCAAAGCGUGUGAUGACCACUAAGGGGGAAUGGGAGCUGCUGGACAUCACUGUCCUCAAACAAGAGAACAAUGACACUUUUGGUCUUUACACGGACAAACUUCGAUAUGAUAUCACCGUCCGGCGCCGGUCCACCAUGUAUGUGGUGAACCUCCUGCUUCCCAGCUGUUUUCUCAUCACAGUGGACCUCUUCAGCUUCCUGCUGCCUCCACAGAGCACGGACAGAUCCUCCUUCAAGAUGACCCUCAUUCUGGGAUACACCGUCUUCCUGCUCCUCAUGAAUGAUCUGCUGCCCGUCACAGGAAACAGCAUUCCUCUCAUAAAUGUGUUCUUCACUCUGUGUCUGGCUCUGAUGGUGGCCAGUCUGCUGGAAACUAUCCUCAUCACCAACCUACUGUGCUGCUCAGCUGACCUCCCUCCUGUCCCUGGCUGGUUUAAAUUCCUCGUCCUGAAAAUCCUGGGCUUUCUUGUGUGCAUGCCACGGAAAAAGAAAAGAAAAUCAGGCAUGUUGUCCUCUGAGUGGGUUUUAACUCCCAAAACAAAAGACAUAUUAGUCAAGCUAUUUUAUUCUUUUAAUCAUUUGUUUACCAAAGCAGAACCCAUGACUGGCACACUGGUACCUAGGAAGGAUCCAGCAGACACAGCCGUGGAAGACAAGGCCCUGCAGGAGCUUCAGUGCGUCAGCGAGGUCCUGCAGGCCAUCCGCGCUCAGGUGGAGCGGCAGAAAGGGAGCCAGAGUUCUGAAGACUGGCUCCAGGUGGGAUUCGUCAUAGACCGCCUGCUGUUUGGCAUCUACAUCAUUUCCUUAUCAGUCAGCUUCAUCACCAUCAUCGUCAUCUGGGUGAAGGCGUACAAGAUUUAAGCAAGUGCUGUGUGUCCCCUUUCUUUUUUUUCCCAUUUGUUUUCACCAAAAUUCUAAUGGCUAACAUUUUAAAAGUCUGUGUUAGCUUCCUGAAUAUAUGAUAUAGGAAUUAAAAAGUGCUUCAGUCAAGUAUCUGUCUGGAACCACCAAGAAGAUCAUGAUUUUCCAGCUUUGACUCUGUAACUCAGACAGUAGUCUCAACACAAGCUCUUAGAAUGGAAGUUAACUAGUUUUGAAAAGCGUGUUUUACAACAAAUGGCGAUGGAGAUUUUAUUAGUUUUAGGUUCAUCUUCAGUGGAACGAACAGUUUGAGUAGAAACUGCUGACUCCUCGUAACUGAAAUGCAUUUAUACUGUUUCCUAACCACCAAGAUGUUUUGUCAAAGUCAUUUCGCCAAUAAAAUAAAUCUAUUCUAAAUGUUAAAAGAAAAA